CUGCCUGUCGUCUGCUGAAGCUGGGUUUACCGCCACACUGCACUGGCACAGAGCAGAGUCACGGCCCGUUUGCACCAACCUUCCUCACUCUCAGCACCGGGUUCUCACUCCAGCGACACCACCAGCAAGGAAAACCAGGGACCGAGCUCCCCAGGCUUUCUCCAUCAUCAAGGAGGGACGCAGCAGCUACGAAGGGGCCUGACGCUACAAUUUAGGCACCAGCUGCUACCUCAACCAAAUCCCCCUCCACCUUAUCCCAUCCUUACCAACACCACCACCACUCCUCUCUUGCUCCUCCCUAUGCCCUUGUCCUCGGCGGCUCCACUCACCUCCCUGGCCAGUAUAUGGAUAGAAGCUCCCUGUUUCAGCUCAUACAAGAGCAGCUGGACCCAGAGAACACCGGUUUCAUUGCAGUGGAGAACUUCACCAGCUUGGUGGAGCACCAUGAGCUGCAGCUGGACCCGUCCAAACUGGACAUGCUGUUAGCCCUCGUCCAGAGCAAUGACGAGGGACAGGUGUGCUACCAGGAGCUCAUCGAGCUGAUGAGCAGCAAACGCUCCAGCAGUUUCCGACGAGCCAUCGCCAAUGGCCGCCGCACGCUGCAGAGGGAGAUCCUGCUGGACGAGACGGGGCUGGGUCUGUACAAACGUUUUGUGCGCUAUGUGGCCUACGAGAUCCUGCCCUGCGAGACGGACCGACGCUGGUACUUCCACCAGAACCGCCUGUGUCCCCCGCCUGUCUUUAUCGCCAUUGUCACCAUUGUCCAGAUUAUCGUGUUCAUGUGCUAUGGCAUUAUGCUAAACAAGUGGGUACUGCAGACAUAUCAGCCUGACUUCAUGAAGAGCCCCCUGGUCUACCAUCCCGGCCACCGCGCACAAGUGUGGCGCUUCUUCAGCUACAUGUUCAUGCACGUCGGUCUGGAGCAGCUGGGGUUCAAUGCUUUACUGCAGCUGAUGAUCGGCGUGCCUUUAGAGAUGGUCCACGGCAUCUUACGAAUAAGUUUGCUGUACAUGGCAGGAGUGCUGGCCGGCUCGCUGACAGUGUCCAUCACAGACAUGCGUGCUCCAGUGGUGGGGGGCUCUGGGGGGGUCUACGCUCUGUGCUCAGCGCAUCUGGCCAACGUCGUCAUGAACUGGGCCGGGAUGCGCUGUCCUUACAAGCUGCUCCGCAUGAUCCUGGCGCUGGUUUGCAUGAGUUCAGAGGUGGGCCGUGCAGUCUGGCUCCGUUUCUCACCACCGCUGCCGUCCUCGGGGCCCCAGCCCAGCUUCAUGGCGCACCUGUCGGGGGCCGUGGUCGGCAUCAGCAUGGGGCUGCUGAUCCUGCGCAGCUACGAGGAGAGUCUGCAGAAACAGUGCUCCUGUAUAAGGAAGGCUUGGUGAGGGAUGACAUGAGCUGAAUAGGAGCAGCCUAUCAAUAACAUGUGAUCCAUCACUUUGGGCAGUCCACAUCCUCCCUUCUACUGGUUUCGGUACAAGAUGAUGUUUAAAGGUUAGUGCCAACCAUGAGCAAAACUCAUUGAUACAUGGACUCUUGUUGAUGUGACUUAAAGCUGAAAUAUUGCUCAUUUCUGUGCUUGUCUCAUUCAAAAAUGCAGCAUAACUUUACAGCAGAAUACUUGACAUUUCUCUGACUGCUGCUUCUUAGUUCCUGUUCCUACAUCUCAUCAUAAGUGGGCUUUUUUGCACUUAUUAUAUUGUUGUUAACUGACAUGUUGUCAUGUGCCAUAUUCUCUACUGCCAUAAUCAUUCUUUGAUGCUUUUGUACCUCCCUAUGCCAAUCCAUUGUGCUGUUAUGCCCAAUGCCUUGUUAUAUCUAAGCCCAAGACUGAGCACCAGGCAGAAAGGCCGCUUUGCUGUUCGCUGUACGAUUUAUUCCACAUGUUCAUGCACAGGAUCCACAAGAGAAAGAAGUCGCCGCAGUCCAAACAACUGUACAUCCAGUAGCUGCUCUGAACUGCUGCUUGCCAACAAGCCGGCCAGGUUGCCUUUUCUCAGUGUUCAGUGCUACUUAGAAAUGGGUCACUGUCACUGCAGGACUGUGCAGGUAAAGCAGGCAACUGUAGCUCCAGAGAUGGAACUGUACUUACACCAAGAGUCAUUGGAUGCUAACCAGCGCAUAAAUUUACACUCCUAGUGUUUCAGUAAAGAUGAUGAAACCUGUAAUUGCUGGUUUAGGGGUUAUUACAGUUUCUUUGGCUUUAGUUCCCAAACUAUCCUGGAUAUUGAUACGUGAAAAUGUGUAAAACAGGGUCAGGUUUUGAAUUUGUGCAGAUUUGACAGUAAUAUUAAGCAAACAAAACCGGCUUUGAAACCCAACAGCUGAGGAUUGUCAUAAAUUUCCCAAUCUAUCCACUGUGCUAAAAGUCCUCAGUGUUUAACCUUUAAACGAGGAACAUUUUCAUGUGGAUUAGUGAACACUGAUUUUUUUCUGCCACAGCUGGAAACAAGGUUAGAAAAAGGUUUGUCUUCUAGUCUGUAAUAAAAAAAAACAGAUAUACAUCUCCACUGACGACAAACUGGUGAGAGUCAAAGACAGAUUGUAAAUGUUUUUUCUUUUCUGGAGAUGAGUGUACAUUUUCUGGUUUGUCACUCUGCUCGAGUCUUGGUUUCCCAGUUUCUAGCUUUGGUACAGAUUCUUUUCAUGUUCACAAAUACUGAGCCUGAGCCACUCGAGUUCACACAGAUAUCACAGGUGGUUUCUUCAAAUGCGACUCAUUUCCCUCUGACAGUUUAGAAUUUAAAAGUCAUAUCUGUGCUGCUGUGGUAGUUUUUCAUGAGCUGCUUACUUGUAUUGAUAAAAUGGUGCCAAGCUUACGAGGUUCAAUCUCUCAGACCAGACAAGAGGUUGGACCAACACAGCGUUUACAAAAAGAAAAAGCAGAAGAACCUAUUUUUCUCUCGGUCAUGAGGAAACUAAAGGAAAACUAAAUUUACAUAUGGAUAAUUUAUAUCAAAGUCCUCAUUAAUUAUUUCACAAUCUAUUGUACUUUUUAAAUGUUCUGA